AUGAUUGCAUUUGCUACUGUUGCUCAUCUUGCUCAUCGUAUUGUUGGUAAACCAGUUGAAGCUGUGAUGAGAUCUUAUAGAAACAGGGAUAACAUUCCCGCUGAUAUUGCAGCUAUAGUCUCGUCCAAAUUCACCUUUUCUGUUACCAUGGCCGAAGCUAGCUACCGCAACCCUAAGAAAUCAUACCAGGUCAAUAGUAUAAUUCAUAGCUAUGGCAAGCAACGUGCCCUUCCAUUCCACCCUCCCAAUCAAAGCCAGCUAGUAAUCCAAAAUGCCAACUUCUAUGCCCAAUCAAGUGGAAGUGUCCUUCCAUCAAACACACCUAAGAGCAGUUCUGAAUCACCUAUCCUUGACACACCUACUAAGAUGCUGCCUCUAGAACAGUUUUCUCUUCAGACCCCAGCUAAAACCUCUGAGCUUCCUCCAAAUACUUCAGAAGAGAACACCAAUACCCUCUCUACAACACCACCUGCAACAAAAUCAUCCAAGAAAAGACACCACAUGUCCGAAAAAGAUGAUGAAGUGGAUGAAGAAGAGUCACCAUCUGAGACAGCAACACUUAACAGGGAGAAUGUUGAUGAAAAAAGUUCUGAUCUACAAAGCUCUUCACAUCCAAAAGCAAUGUCGCCACCAAGGAAGCCCAGCACAACCAAGCUUCCAAAAACUCCCAAAAAAUAACAAUGUUAAGACAAGGAAAGACUGAGAAGCUGAUGAGCAACCAUCUGCAAGUGUUGCGCCAUUGCCUGAGCUUUGAUCAACUCGGCAAAAAAGAAUGAUCAGACCAAAAUUAUAUCUACUUCUCCAUUGCACUACUACUAUAAACUACACUUUAUGUUAUGUACCUACGUAUUUCUAGAACUUAAGACAUUCUACUCGGUCAGCUUAUACCAGCUGACCAACUACCUAUUAUAUUGAUAACCUUAUUUAAACCAUCUAUUAUUGAAGAGUUAAACUUUAUUGAUAACUUUAUUUAAACAAUCUAUUAUAUUGAUCAUCUAUGCA